AUGGCUCCUCAUACCGACGCACCCUCCCCUGCUGGCAGCUUCACAGCCGGUUUCAACGGCUUCAACCGGGCCUUCCGUCCUCUACACUCCUCAGCCUUGUCAGUGCCCAGUGGCCUGUCCUCUGCAGAUUCAGCCUCUCCUUUGAGCAGUUCCUACGAUAGCACAUCGGUUCGGGAUGAUCUACACCUGAACCGGCCGCUAGUGCCCGGCGUCUACGUGCCCACCAUGUGCUUCUUCGAUGAGAAUGAAGAUGUCGACACCGCAACGAUUGCUAGCCACGCCGUGCGACUAGCACGCGCAGGGGUCACUGGCCUUGCAACACAAGGAUCCAACGGAGAAGCGGUCCACCUCACCCAUUCGGAGAGAUCACUGGUCACCUCAACCACGCGCAAAGCCCUGAAUGAUGCUGGUUUCUCCUCCAUGCCUCUGAUUGUUGGUUGUGGUAGCCAGAGCGUGCGAGAGACUGUCCAAUACUGCACGGAGGCAUGGGAAGCAGGCGGCGACUACGCCCUUGUCCUGCCCCCUUCCUAUUACGCGUCCCUGUUCGCGCCGUCUUCAGCUACCAUCCUGGAAUUCUUCAACGCCGUCGCGGAUGCCUCACCAAUUCCAAUCAUAAUCUACAACUUUCCAGGAGCAGUUGGUGGCAUGGACCUGUCUUCAGAUAUUGUCAUCCAGCUCUCGGCGCAUCCCAACAUUGUCGGAGUCAAGUUGACAUGCGGAAAUACAGGAAAGUUGGCGAGAGUCGCUGCUGCCACCAAGAAGCUCACCAAGAAUUACGACCACCAAAGGCCCGAGUUCCUUGUACUUGCUGGAUCAGCCGAUUUCACCGUCCAGUCCUUGGUCGCUGGUGGUCACGGCAUCCUAGCUGGCCUGGCCAACAUCUCUCCAAAAGCGUGUAUCAAGACGAUCGAACUUUUCGCCUCUGGAAAGGUGGCCGCGGCUCAAGAAAUGCAAGAGACGGUCGCCGCGGGAGACUGGACCGCCAUUCAAGGCGGUGUCGUGGGUGUCAAGGCAGGUCUGCAAGCCUGGAACGGCUACGGCGGAUUUGCCCGGAGCCCCCUGCCCAAACCCACCACCGAACAAACACAGAAGUGGAAAGAGGGCUUCCGAGACCUCGUAUUGCUGGAGAAGAGCCUGUGA